GUUUCGUUCCUUCAAAACGCGUGCUUCAGGACCGCGGAGAGCGGCGGCUGGGCUUCGCGAGCGUGAAGCGGCGAAGUAUCGCGAGUCCCGGGGCCUGAUUUAUUCAGCAUCACGCGCGCUCACCCCUCGCGGAGCGGACGCUCGUCGACGCGCGUGCGUGUGUAGGAGUACCGUGACGCGAUUGUUUUCGCUCCCGUACCCCCCGACAUCGCCUCGCAAGAUAGCGGAUCUGGAGAACGUCCCCAGUCGCACCCGUCGCUGAAUGGAAAGCGGUUUGUUGGAUGCGAGCGGACGCGUACAUCGGCAGCACAAUCUUGGGUGAACGCGCGAGAAGGUUUUUCAAUCUUAAAGUUUGACGUUGGUGACCUGGAAAAUAAUCUCCAUGGCAGAAAACAACUUCCCUCCUCUUCCACGGUUCAUUCCCCUGAAACCAUGUUUUUACCAAGACUUCAACGAGAUCCCAGACCAGCGGCGUACAAUGUGCAAACGGCUGUAUUACCUAUGGAUACUGAAUAGUGCCACCCUAGCAGUGAACCUGAUUGGCUGUCUAGCGUGGAUGUGCGGAGGGGGCGGGGCGACCAAUUUUGGGAUGGCCAUUCUGUGGCUGAUACUCUUCACCCCGUGCUCAUAUGUGUGCUGGUUUAGGCCCAUCUACAAGGCCUUCAAGACAGACAGUUCUUUCAACUUCAUGGCCUUCUUUUUCGUCUUCAUGGCACAAGUGGUGAUUAGCAUCAUCCAGACUGUAGGAAUCCCAGGAUGGGGAGUAUGUGGCUGGCUGGCAACCAUCACUUUUUUCAGCACUAAUAUCGGCUCUGCUGUUGUUAUGCUGAUUCCAACCAUAAUGUUCACUGCCGUGGCUGUUCUCUCGUUCAUUGCCCUCACCAAGGUUCACAACUUCUACCGUGGCAGCGGGGGCAGCAUGAGCAAGGCUCAGGAAGAAUGGACCACCGGCGCUUGGAAGAACCCUCACGUCCAGCAGGCAGCACAGCAGGCAGCUAUGGGGGCUGCGCAGGGGGCCAUGCAGGGCCAGCAGUACUCGGCCGCCCCAACCUACAACUACGACGAGCCAAUGUAGAUCCUUUUCAGUCGCGAUGGGGGGGAGGGGACAGAAACAGGGUAUUUGGGAGGGAGUUCCGGAGGGAUAAAUGGUUGAAACGGGGGAAGGGAGAAAAGAAGGAUACAUCGGACCAAUUGGAAUUUAAACGAAUUUCCACCAGUACGACAAUACAUACUUUUGCUUAAAUCGUUUUAAAAGUGUGCGAUAGGUUGAAGAGUUGCUUUUGGUAUUUAGAAGCCCUCAGUAGGAAAGCGUCACUCUCGCCACGUGGUAUUACGGCAGAUUUAAUUAACGGUUAUGUAGUGUUUCUCCACUUAUCGUAUUUCAAACAUGGCUGAACUGGAGCACCAGUAAGGAAACAUUCCAAAGCUCACUACGUUUCUAUAGUAACUAGAAUCUCAGAUUGGUCUGUGUGGUGUUUUCAGGCCAGUUCAGUGUUCUGUUUGGCUGUUUGUAUUCAAGAACACAUUUCCACUAUUUAGCAAAUGCAAGACGCAUUUCCCCUCACGGUUUUAUGACUAAACGUACGUUUAUGCACAAAGAGAAGAAAUGAUCAGCUUAGGGAAGUACAUUGACUGGUGUUUACUUGAUUUUGCAGUUGAAAAAGUAUAAACCCAGCCAACAGCAAAUGUUUCGGAGAACUUUGGCGAUGUUUUCUUCAAGUUAUGAACAAACGUUCUAGUAACGCCUAAUGUUUCUUCAAAGUUAUCUGGUCUUUAAUAAUGUUCUCAAACGUCAGCUAUGCUAUUAAUGCAGCAUUCAUGGAGCGUUUUCCUUCUAAAUCGUUUUAGCCGGACAUUUACGUUUUUUUAAUAUAUUACUACUCGUUUUAGAACGUUUAGGGAACACAUUGACGCAAUGUUUGCAAAAUGUUCCGUUAAAACUUGUGCAUCUAAGAAAAAAAAUUUAAACAAACGGUUAAAAACAAUGUUUUCGUAACGUAACAUGAACGUUAGCAAAACGUUCUUAGAACGUUUGUGUUGGCCGGGAAGUUUAUAAACGUAUUGUUUGUCUUGAGAGCUUUACAUCAAGUGCAAAUACAAAGAAAGUUUUCUUUUUCUGUGAAGGUGCAAGGAAAGCCAUAUGUUUACAUUUGUUUUAGUUAUGUAUUUUCGUUGUGUUAAAGGAGGUUUUAGUGAUUGCGGUUGUGUUUGUUAAUACUGUUUUCUUUACCUCAGGAUUUAAUUGUCUCAUUUUACAGCUGAUGCACCGUAGCCGAGGUUUCGGCUAGCGGAAGGGACUGGACGAGAUAUUUGAACAUGUACAUGUUGUACGUUUGUACAUUAGUUGAUUUCUCACAUAUUUAAUCUGCUCUUAUAUAUAUAUUUCAAUCCAUUAUGUUCUGAAUCUGCGACGAAGGCUGGUGUUUUAUCUCACAGAAAUCGUUAUUUUGCAUAUAAUCUCAGACUGAAUUUUAGAAAUAUCUGUAAAAUAUGGCUUCUGGGUGGUUUAUUCCCCACUGGUCUAAACCGUACAACUAAAGCACAUUAUGAAGUAAUAUUGUCUCAAGUACAAUAUAUAUAUAUACACAGUAUCAUAUUAAUUAUUGAUUACUCUCAUAGUGAUGUAUUGUAGUACUCUGCAUUUUCCCAAAAUGUUUGGCGAUUUUUCUGAAAAUAUUUUUUUUAAAUUAUUAUUAUGCAUCGACAAGCAAUUUCUGUGUGAAAUUCGAAACGACAGAUAUUUAGAGAUUAUUUAAACUCUUUCGGACUUGAAAAUUGUGGAUCUGUAAUAUACGGUAGAACACUUAUUUAGAUUAGUCUGAAUCUACAGUCUGAGGAGCCGGUCACUGAUGAACAAACAGAUGGUUGACUGAGGAACUGGGUCAUAGUUAUAUGAAAAUAAAGUAUGAAAUAGAUUAAAAUAAUAGUGUACAGUAUAUGUAAUAUGUCAUCUUAGUGUCUCUAUCAAGGCUUGUAAAAUACUUUCAAUCAUUUCAAGAACUGUGAAACGCCCAUGUGACACUACUCAUGUAUGUUUGGGGAGUUUUUCUGUGCUUUUUUUGUUUUGUUUGUUUCUGUACAGAUCUUUCUGUUGAUGUUUCGAUAAUGUGCGUAUUUGGGUGUUUUGAGCGUAACAAUCUGAUGUUUAGUACACUACUGUGGGGGCUUGGUAAGACAGGACUUCCUGUGCAGAGCUUCGGCUGAGGUUUCGUCCCUGACUGACAUCCGCGGUCCUCUCCCGUGCCCUCUAGUGGACGGGAUGUAUCAAACUUUACCCGUUCGUUUUCUGACGGUCGGUCGCCUAAUAAGAAAACACUGACAGAAGCAAUAUCGAUAUCUGUCAUGCAUGAUCUGAUCACAUUAACGAGUGUGAAUGUUAUAUUUCAGCCGCACCAGCAAAAGCUAAGGUCACUGUCCUUUCCGAGACCCGCCAUGUUUUUUGUGCCCUGAUCUUCAUGCCUAAUGUAUCCCAAGAGUAGACAAAGCCUUGUUCAUACUGUAAAGUUCAGUGAGUGGAAAGAUGCCAGUAGAGUAACACAAAACAGAUAGUUGUCUUUGUAUAGUGAGUUGUGUGUGGUGCUUGGUAAAUCUGUGAAUUGAACCAAACCUUGUGCCAUGUGUACAAAGGCACUCUGUAUGUGUGUAGAUGUUAAUUAUUUUGUCACGUCUAAAGUGGAAUGUAUUGUUGACUUGGAGACAAGAACCGCAGUCCAGUACAUUUUACAGGUUUUCUUUUUUUUUUUUUUUAUCCACUUCUCUUUAUUUUUUCUUGACUUGUAGGAGUCAAAACAUUUAAAUGAUUUUGUACUAAUAUCAAUUCAGCCAUAUUGUUUUCCCUCAGCUACUAUGUUUAGUGUACCUUAAUCUGUAUUUAAUUCAACGCCAACACUUUAACAUGUUAGGUUUAACGAGAAAAGCGCUAAUUAGAAAUCAAUCGGUCAAUCAAUCAUGCAGACGUGAAGCUCAAUGGUUGUGAUUUCUGAAGGUGGUUGUUUUUGAAGUUUGAGAUGAAUUGUUUUUGGUUCAUUUUGUAUUACUUUUAUAUUAUUUCGUCUCUCCCUGAUGGAUAAUAAACAUAUAAUGUUGCA